AUGUCGGAAGACGACCUUCGUAAGACGCUCCUUUAUCCUUCGGGAACCCGGCUAGACUACGAGAGUACUCUACGCGCAGACAUUGCACGAAAUACGCCAAUACCAGAAGAGCGAUUGCACCCGGCCUUGCUGGGAGACAACGGUCUACUACAACAGCCACCGCUACUGUGGCUUGGGUGGGUCAUGACGGGGUUGGAGGCGCUCGAACUCAUUCAUGCGAAAGGAAUGGACGACCUCGUCAGCUAUCUUGGGGACCGAGACGAGGGCAAUGUUGAUUACGAGGACACCCUAGAGACCGAUGAUAUAUCUGUCGAGAUCACCGCACAGGCGGGUCUCGCGAACGGCAAUGCACCUUACAUCAAGUUUGUGCCAGUUGUGCGCUGCGAUGACAGAGUGGGCUAUGCGUUGACUGUGGGUGAUAACCACGAUUGCACGCUUAAUCCCCAAGAUGCUGCACAACUGGGAGAUUAUGUCCGAAAGAGAUACAGUGAACUACAAUGGUAUUUGGACCCCGAGCACUGGCGUUGGGAAGACCGAGAGAAAGGUCCUUUGACGCUCCUGGAACCACGGAAAGCAAAGCAUGCAACCGAGGCAUAUCUCGAUACCUUAGUGAGCGUCGCGCGGGAAGUAUGA